GUUGUGUGUAUGCCUUUGCCUGACAUAGAAGUUCAAAUUUCAAAUGUCAGUUUGACAGUUCGGUCGGUCAUUGACAUUUAUUGUUGACGUUUGUGUAGCGCCGUUCGUUUCAGAUUCUGCUAUUUUUGCAUUUUUACAUGCAUUAAAACCUAAUUCUAAGGAUAAAUCUAUUUUCUAUACGUUACGAGAUAAAUAAUGGCUGGUAAUUUUUGGCAAAGUUCGCAUCACCAGCAAUGGUUACUAGACAAAACAGAUCUAAUCAGAGACCGUCAACAUGACCUCAAUAUUCUAACCGAAGAAGAAUAUCAGAAAAUAUUCAAUUUCUUUGCGAGUAUCAUACAAGCAUUGGGUGAGCAACUGAAGGUGCGACAGCAGGUGAUUGCCACGGCUACAGUUUACUUCAAGAGGUUCUACGCAAGGAAUUCUUUGAAGUGCAUAGACCCGUUACUUUUAGCUCCUACAUGCGUGUUCUUGGCUUCCAAGGUCGAAGAAUUUGGUGUAAUUUCUAAUUCUAGAGUAAUGACUACUUGUCAGACUGUAAUCAAGACUAAAUUUGGCUAUGCAUACGGGCAGCAAGAAUUUCCCUACAGAUCUAACCACAUACUAGAGUGUGAAUUCUAUUUAUUGGAGAACUUGGAUUGCUGUCUCAUAGUGUAUCAGCCAUACAGACCCCUGCUUUUAUUUGUUCAAGAUAUGGGCCAAGAUGACCAAUUGCUAACUUAUGCAUGGAGAAUAGUCAAUGAUUCAUUGAGAACUGAUGUCAGUUUACUAUACCCACCAUAUCAGAUUGCAAUAGCUGCUUUACACAUAGCAUGUGUAAUGCUAGGGAAUGAAAACCAAAAGAGUUGGUUUGCUGAAUUGAAUGUUGAUAUGGACAAGAUUCAAGAGAUUGUGCGGUCCAUCAUUAACUUGUAUGAAAUGUGGAAGAGUUACGAUGAAAAGAAGGAAAUACAAGGGCUCCUAGCCAAGAUGCCAAAACCAAAGCCAGCCCCCCAGAGAUAAUAGUCAUUUAUUUAAUAAUAAUUCCUAUCAGAGUUCAUAAGACUUAGGAAAAUGGGUGUUUGUAGUAUGGCUUUAUUUUUAUAUCAAUUCUAUAAGUGAUACCAGCACAAUUUGUGGCGUUCGGUCAAGUGUAUGAACUAUUAAAUAUUUAAGGCAAACUAAUCUGGUUAGCUGUUUCACUGGUAUAGUUCGGUAGGUUUGAGCCUUGAAUGAAUUGGUACAACUGUAUGUAAUAUUUAAAGUCUGUAAAUAUGUAAUAACAUUAUUGACAAUUUCAGUACAAUAAACGUACUUCUAGAAUUUAGGAAUUAACUUCAUUUAAUAUUUGUAUGAUGUAAUAAUAAAAACAAAUGAAUCACUAAUCAGUGCCUAUAGAAAAUUAGGUCUUGUGAUGACGCCAGACCAUUUUUCACAAGUUCCUGAAUGUAAUGAAUGUUGUAAAUAUUGACAAUGAUCAAUCUUUAUUUUUAAAGACUGCCAGUAUUUUUACCUGUAAACAUGAAAUAAAACAUUGUUAAUAGA